UCGCCACUUUCUGCCUGUUGUUGUUUGUUUUUGUUGUCGCCUGUCGCCACAAACGACGAACACCUUCUUGUGUAUGGUCGGAGACAUAUCUGUGGAGGCCAACAUGGAUAAUGACAGUGAAAGUAUUGCGCGUGAUCUUGUGGACCGUUUUCUUGAUGAGGAAUUCGGUGUUUAUCGGCGUGCAUUUCGACAGUGUGAGGAGGCCUCGGAAGCAGCAGCGGUAAAAGUGAUAGAACUGGGAAACGAAACCAGUCCGAAAGACUUAGCCACCUUGCAUGAUGUUGUUGAUCACUACCUCAACUGCAAAACUGCAAAAGAUCGAGCAUUGAGGUACUCCAAUGAGGACUCAGGCCCAGCAAAUGUAAUACCUAUUUCCUCCGCCAUUAAUAGGACCAUGAUUGCUUUGGUUCAUCAGUACCUUACUUCGAACAACAAAUUUGAGUCGUUAGCAGGGCUAUUCAAAGCUCACAAAUCGAUGUUUAUUUUCUUGGCUAAUAACUCACCAACCAUCAUUGAUGUUGUGAGUCAUUAUCAAAACUGCAAGAACAUCAACCAUCAGUUGAAGUCGAGUCUAAAGUCAAGUUUUUCUGCAGACAAGCGUAAAGCCUCAGACAACUCCAAUGAGACUCCACCUACCACUAAAGUGUUUAUAGGCAGAAUUAAAAACUCUGUUAUCAAAGUGCCGCCUGCAGUCUCCGUUGCUGUAGCAGUGCAUAUGGAAGAUGUUGAGGACUGCGAUGUCACUAUAGAGAAAUAAUUUUCAAGUUUUCAGCAUGAUAUUACUCUUUCAGUGUUUGACAUCUUCUAUGAAACAACAAGUCACUACUUUAACCUUUUUUUAAAUUGAGGUAACUUUUAGCGUAAAGUAAAACACUUUGGUGAUUCCGAUCAAAUCCUUCA